CAAUCCUUUGUUCAGCAACUGCUUCAAAAUCAAACCAAAUCAAUUGUUUUCUGUCAUGUCAUCAGUUAAUGGGUGAGGGGGUAAAGAAAAGGGGAUGUUACCGACACCAAAGAGAUAGCAACCACUCCAGAUUCAACUGUGCAUACAAGUGGUAUUUAUCUCUCUCACGCUCUGCACCUUCCCCUUGCCUCAGCUCUGUCAUGCCUCGCUCAUUCCUGGUCAAGAGUAAGAGACCAGGGUCUCGUCCCCCUUGCUUCUCUAAAGGCACCAGACACACAAACCCUGACCAGCCACAACCUCAUACAAAUCAUCACGACAGGCAGAACAGGGCGUGGCAGGAAGUAAGGUCCCCACAUCGGAGCCCCUUCCAGGAGGACCAGGGCAACCUGUGCUCAGGGUCAGAAGUCAAGGACACCCUGGACUACCCCUGUCCUAGCUGGGACGCCAUGGCAACCAGACCACACAGCACCUCGCCAGCUGACCUCUGGACCAGCAGGUCUGCAGAAACCGGAGGGUACGAUGGUGUGGAGCCUUCCGAGUCUGCCCUGCCCUGGUCCCUACACUGGCCCCGGGGCCCUGACAGAGAGAGGGAGCUGGAGAAACUGGUCCAUGUCUUACUGAGCCACAGGCCACAUAUGGACCUCAACUCCACCAGCCCAUGCCCCCUCUGUGAAAAGGUCUUGUACUCAGGAGCUGUACUGAAGACUCAUUUACUCAGGUCACGUACAUGCAUGCAUGCAGGCCCAUUGGUCACAUCAGCCAAAGCCCCAGAGCACCCCUACGAGUUCAAACAAGCUCUGGGCAUGUACGGAAGACCAAAGGAGCGUAGCUAUAGCUGUAAGGAGUGUGGGAAGGUAUUCAAGCGCUCCUCCACCCUGUCCACCCACCUGCUCAUCCACUCUGACACCAGGCCCUACCCCUGCCAGUACUGUGGCAAGAGGUUCCACCAGAAGUCAGACAUGAAGAAACACACCUUCAUACAUACAGGUGAGAAGCCCCAUGUGUGCCAGGUGUGUGGCAAGGCCUUCAGCCAGAGCUCCAACCUCAUCACCCACAGCCGUAAACACAGCAGCUACUGGCCCUUUAGCUGCACGCACUGCCAAAGCAGCUUCCAGCGCAGACUGGACCUACAGCGCCACCAGGAGACACAAUGUGUCCAUAGCAGCGUGUACACACAGAGCUGAGGCCACGGGUAUAAUGGAGAUUUGUAUUACAUAAGUACUGUAUGUAGCACAAGAAUGAGUGCUUUGUAUAGAUUGUUGACUGGUAUUUGCAGUUCCAUUUUUAUAUGGUACUUUGAUCAGUGACUGAGGCUAAGCACAUUACUUGUGUUCAAGUUAUUUGUGCAUUUGUUUUUGUGGAUUUGCUUUCACUCACAGCUUUUCAGGUUGACCGUUUGGAUAGUGCCUUGAGGGGAUCUGAUCACUUUAACAUCUCUAGCAAUGUCAUAUAUAGUGUACGAGCUGGAUUCCAUUAUUAGCGCAGAAGAUCAGCGUUGUAGCCAAUUGAAAUGUAAAGAUAAUUUUCGAUUGAGCCAACAUAUGCAACAUUGACCACGAAUGCUGUCUCCGCCAACACGGAAACGUUGCCUUUAAAUGUCAGUCACGCUUUAACGCUACGGACUGAAUCCAGCCCUUUAGGCUCUGGUCUCUACUAUGCUGUAUGUCUAAAAAGACACCGUAUUAAAAAAAGGUGGUUUGUAGAGUGACAAAGCAAACCCCUAUUUCCCACUGUAAUUGUCAAUUCUCCUCAGAGAGCCGUUGCAAUUGUAGCUCCCAUUGUUGGUGUAUGAAUGAAGCUGCCAUUUUCACUUCACUGUGGCAGCCCACCCAAGGGCAUAAUAAUAUACAUUCAGGCCAUGGGGAACAUGACAGCAGUACGAGCAGAGAGAGAAUGAUUAUGUUGAAGUGAUGCUCCACAAUUAUGGCGAGACAACGUGACUGUAUAUUUUCAGUGUCACAGCCUGGUCAGCAUGAGUAUAUAUAAAAAGGGAUUUAGAUAUACAAAAAUAAAUACUCUGUUUAAGUUUA